AGGAAGCACCAGCCCCGGAGAGGACACGCCCUGUGGUCUGUCUGUCCGGAGGACACCCAGGUCUCCUCCAUCCUCACAGCCUGGACCGCAGGGAGGAGACGACAUGGCCACCACGCUCCCCGCCCUGCUCUGCCUCGGGCUGAGUGUGGGCCUGAGGACCCAGGUGCAGGCCGGGACCCUCCCCAAACCCACCAUCUGGGCUGAGCCGGGCACUGUGGUCCCCUGGGGGAGCCCCAUUACCAUCUGGUGUCAGGGGACCCCGGGGGCCCAGGAGUUCCAUCUGGAUAAAGAGGGAACCUCAGUCCCCUGGGACAGACAGAAACCCCUGGAGCCUGGGGUCAAGGCCAAGUUCUCCAUCUACUACAUGGGACAGGACCACACAGGGAGCUAUCAGUGCUACUACAGAACCCCCGCUGGCUGGUCAGAGCCCAGUGACCCCCUGGAGCUGGUGGUGACAGGACCCUACAGCAAACCCAGCCUCUCAGCCCUGCCGAGCCCUGUGGUGACCUCGGGAGGGAACGUGACCCUCCAGUGUGCCUCCUAUCAUGGAUUUAACAGAUUCCUUCUGACCAAGGAAGGAGAAGACAAGGCCUCUUGGACCCUGGAUGGAGAGCGACGCCAUGACUGGCAGAUGCAGGCCCUGUUCCCCGUGGGCCCCGUGACCCCCGGAAAUGGGUGGACGUUCAGAUGCUACGGCUUUAACAGGGACACCCCCCGGGUGUGGUCAGCCCCCAGCAACCCCCUGGAGCUCCUGGUCCCAGGGCUGUCUGGGAAGCCCUCCCUCCUGACCCCGCAGGGCCCCGUCGUCACCUCUGGACAGAACCUGACCCUCCAGUGUCGCUCUGACGUCGGCUACGCCAGAUUCGCUCUGUCCAAGGAGGGGGGACAGAACCUCCCCCAGCGCCCUGCCCAGAGGCCCCAGGGAGGGCUCUCUCAGGCCGACUUCCCCCUGGGCCCUGUGGGCACCGUCCACGGGGGCCGGUACAGAUGCUACGGUGGACACGGCCUCUCCUCUGAGUGGUCGGCCCCCAGCGAGCCCCUGGAGCUGCUGGUGGCAGGACGGCUCAGAGACAGCCCCUCCCUCUCGGUGCGGCCCGGCCCCGCGGUGGCCCCGGGGGAGAGUGUGACCCUGCUGUGUCAGUCAGGAGACAGGACGGACACUUUCCUUCUGUCCAAGGAGGGGGCAGCCCAGCGCCCCCUGCGUCUGCACUCCCAGGACCAAGACGGGCGGUACCAGGCCGAGUUCUCCUUGAGCCCUGUGACCUCAGCCCACGGGGGCACCUACAGGUGCUACCGCUCACUCAGCACAGACCCCUACCUGCUGUCCCAGCCCAGUGAGCCCCUGGCCCUCGUGGUCUCAGGCCUCACGUGGUACCUGAGUGUCCUCAUCGGGGUCUCGGUGACCUUCGUCCUGCUGCUCCUCAUCCUCCUCAUCCUCUUCCUCCGACACCGGGGUCAGGACAGAUGCAGGAAGUCAGGGGCCGCAGACCCAGGGCCUGAGGACAGAGGCCCGCAGAGCAGCUCCAGCCCAGCUGCAGACGCCCAGGACCAGGCCAUCUAUGCUGCCGUGAGCGACGCCCACUCUGAGGUGGGGCUGCAGCUGGACCAUCGGGCUGCCACAUCUGAAGCCCCCCAGGACGUGACCUACGCCCAGCUGAACCACUCGACCCUCAGAAGGGGGACGGCCGCACCCCCCGGCCCCCCGUCGGGGGAGCCCCCAGCAGAGCCCAGUGAGUAUGCUGCUCUUGCCAUUCACUAGCCCAGGGAAGAACCGACGCCAGGCUCCAGGGAGCAGAUCGCAGACCCCCGGAGGCACGGGAGCUGCCAGCAGUGGACACCACCUAGCCACCCGCAGCCAGUCCCUGGGCUCCUAACAGACCACCAGGAGCCCCUGGGACCCUUCUGGGUCAACUGGCUCUACUCUCAGAAGCAGCACCCUGGAGCCCGGGUGGCCCAGCGGUUAAGAGUCUGCCGGCCAAUGCACGGACGUGGGUCUGGUCCACUUGCUGCCGGACAGCUGAGCCCAGGGGCGCUGCAGCUGCCAAAGCCCUGGUGCCCAGAGCCGGUGUUCCUCGGGAGGAGCCAGCGCGUGAGCAGGCCGUGCACAGCCAGGCACCAGCCUCCACUCGCUGCAACCAGAGAGAGCCCACGCGCAGCAGGGAAGACCCGGCACAGCCACAAAUAAACAGAUUACUAAAAACUGAAAGCAUGUUUCAGUUUCCUUAAAAAAGAUAAUUAAUAUCCUCAUAUUUUAUAAAGAAGGCAACGGACUUCUCAAUUACCAGUGAUUUUGAAUAAGAUCAGCAGAUUACUCCAAACGGAGGUAGGAAGGGGGAAACAACAAUGACAAGGGUAGCUACUACUGAAGACAAACAAGGAGGAGAGGAAAACCAGAAAAGCCAGGAAGCUUCGUCCCUGAGGGCGUGCAUCACACUCAUACAUGCCAGGCACAAGGACCAAGCCACACAGAGAGAAGGCAUGGCUGUACCGCCAUCAGGACACGACGGCAGGCCCUCCAGACUUUAGAAAGGUACAAACUUCAUCGAAGGACGGUUUCUGCUAUUAUAGUAGGAAAUGUAGAUGACACAGACCAAAACCCUCAAAAAUAAAAUUUAUCGGAAGUAUGGACAUAAGGAUAAACAGAAAAUCCAAAGUGUCCUAUAAAGUGAACUCUGAGUCCGGAGCGUUUCACAGGUGAAUGCAUCUGAACACGUGGGCGCUCAUGAAACACACACACUCGUACACACACCUACCGCGCUUACACCAGCUUACGCAGAGAGGGGAGAAGGAAGGAAGGACACUCUCCACAAAGCACUUCAGUGCGCCAGCAAAGCCGGAGACCAAUCGGUGACAGGGAAACGACGAAACGGGAAAACCACAGGAAGCUCUUUUCUCCUGGUUUCUCUUUUCCUAAACAAACAUUCACAAGGAGGUUCAUCAGCAAACAAAAUGGGCAACAUAUCAAGCAGGUGCACCUGUCUUUUCUCAGGGACGUGUGGUUGGUUUCAUCCUCAAAAAUCAAUCAAUACAAUUCAAAUAUUAGGAGAAGAAAUUUCAAAACAUCGUGAUAACAGAUGAAAAGUUUUUGAUAAAAUACACCACCAAUUUAUAAUGAAAAAGUCGUAGGUAGAAGGGAAUUUCCUAUCAUUUAUCAAAGCAUCUUUUAAAACCUGCACUAGAAAUCUAUUCUUUGUGUCUGCUUGCCUACUCAUUGUUGCUGCGCGGGGGCUCUCCUCGCGGUGCCCAGCUUCUCACUGCGGGGGCCUCUCUCGCUGCACAGUUCGGGCUCCAGGGUGCCCAGCUUCAGCAGCUGUGGCUCGUGGGUAAGCGGCUCCCAGGCCCUCAGCACAGGCUCAGCGGUGCUGGCGGACGGUGCAUGUGGCAUCUUCCCAGGUCAGGGACCGGACCCGGGUCUCCUGCAUCGGCAGGCAGACUCUUCACCACUGAGCCUCCAGGGAAGCCCAGAGCUCACUGUUAACAGUGAAAAUGCACAGCCUUUCUGCCUGCGACUGAGACUGAGCCAGGAAUGCUUACU